CCCUUCACUCUCGCUCGUUGUGAGCUAAUUUUUGAGCUCCAACACCACAAAAUGGAGUCCUCAGAUACAGGUGCCUCUGCAUCUUCUCCUCCUCCAUCUCCAGUUCCUCCGUCUUGGCCGUCUCCGACUCCUGCUCUUCCACUUCUGGUGGUCGUGGCCAGCCCUUGCGCGGCGUGCAAGACAUUAAGGAGGAGAUGCUCGGAGAGCUGCGUGCUGGCCCCGUACUUCCCCCCCUCGGACCCUGCCAAGUUCGCCAUCGCCCACCGCGUGUUCGGCGCUAGCAACAUUGUCAAGUUCUUGCUGACACUUCCCGAAUCUCAAAGAGAUGACGCAGUGAGCAGCAUGAUUUAUGAGGCCAGUGCGAGGAUUCGAGACCCUGUCUACGGUUGUGCCGGGGCCAUUAGCCAACUCCAAACGCAAAUUACCCAACUCCAAGCACAGCUAGCCAAGUCACAAGCCGAGCUCAUCAGCAUGCAAAUCCAACGGGCGAAUCUCAUGGAACAAUUGCACAUGACCAAAUCUCAGGAGUCGUGUCCACAGCAGUUCAUCGAGAGUCUCCUGAAUAGUCCACACGACUACCAAAUCAACUCGUGCUUGGAUGAUUAUAAUGGCUUUGGCUCAUUUUGGGAGCCUCUCUGGACAUGACUGAUGGGUCGACCUUAUCGACCACAUCUAUACAUAUAGUUUGGUGAAAUUUUCCUAACUUGGGGGACAUUAUGAAGAAAAACUAAGUAGCAAUGAUUUUGUUGUUUAGAUCCUAAUACUCUCUCUAAUGUUUGUGGUGUGGAUUUAUUAUGAAGACCCUAAAGCGAGAUGGCUCUUUAUUUUUA